AUGUUCAAGAAAGCUGUGACAGAUUAUAACAUAGCAAUAGGAAGGGUGUUCAAGUUUGUGAAGAAUGACAACAAAAGGGUUAGGGCAAAGUGUAGAUCGGAAGGGUGCAAAUGGGAGAUCUUUUGUUCUUGGAGUAAUGAGGUGAAAACUUUCAAAAUAAAGAAGUUCGUGGAGCCACAUACUUGUGCUAGGGGGUUCAAAAACAAGCAAGCUAAUAAGAAGUGGUUGGCUGCUCAACUUGUUGAUAAAUUAAGAUCUUACCUGACAAUGUCAGCACAUGAUGCUUUUGAGUGGUUUAAAAGGUAUAGAGAUAUUCAUGUAUAUGACUAUCAGAUAUACAGAGCAAUGAGCGUGGCCAGGAAAAUUGUAGAGGGAUUUGAGAGGUUGCAAUAUCAAAAAUUGUGGGACUAUUGUAAGGAGCUUAGGAGGCGGAAUCCUAAUUCUACAUUUGGUUUGACAGUAGAUAGACCUACUUUAGAGCUGCCACCAACAUUUGAUAGGCUAUACAUUUGCUUUAAUGCAAAUGUACAUGGGUUUAAAGAAGGAUGCAGACCCCUCAUUGGGUUGGAUGGGUGUUUUCUAAAGGGAUAUUAUGGAGGACAGUUACUGUCUGCUGUUGCUCAAGAUGGCAAUCAACAUUUCUAUGUGAUUGCAAUAGCUGUUGUUGCGCAAGAAAAUAGGGAUACAUGGAGUUGGUUUUUGAGUAAUUUGCUUGGGGAUAUUGGACAGUACAGUGACAAUGGUUGGAACUUUAUAUCAGAUCAGCAGAAGUUUAACUCGAAGAUUGUGAAGUUCAAAGGUAAGCCAAUCAUUACGAUACUUGAAGAGAUUAGAUGUUAUUUGAUGGGGAAGAUGAAUAAGCACAGAUUGAAGGCAAAUAGCUUUGUGGGUCCAAUUUGUCCAGUAGCACAGAGUAGGCUAGACAAGUCUAGAAAAGAUAGUUCAUAUUGGACUCCUGAGUGGGUUGGUGAUGCAGAUGGUUACAAAUUUCAAGUGUGGAAAAGGCCUCAAUGCAAGGUGGUAGAUUUAGGUGUUGGAACUUGUAGUUGUAGAAUGUGGCAGUUAACUGGGAUACCAUGUGCACAUGCUAUUGCUUGCAUGGCUUAUAAUAAUUUGGAACCCGAGAAGUAUGUUCACUCGUGGUAUUCUACUGAACGAUGGAGAGCCACAUAUGUUCCAUACAUCGAACCAAUUACUGGUGAAAGUGACUGGCACCAAACUGAACUGUCACCAAUUGAACCACCAGCAUUUAAAAGACCAGCUGGAAGGCCUAAGCAAAGGAGAAGGUAA